AUGGCGGAGACCGCCGCCGCGACUCCGCCUCCUGCUCCACCGCCGGCGACUCGCCCGAAGCUGUCAGGUGGGCUCGAGCCGCUGGACGCGCGCAUCAAGGAGCUGACCUCGUCGCAGGGGGAGCUGCUGGCCAGGAUCCAGAAGCUCAAACAGGACGUGCAGAAAUGGCGCUCCAACGUUGAGGCGCAGGUCAAGACCUGCCACAACGAGCUUGUGGAGGUGAAGGAGGGGUUCGCUUCUGAAGUGCAGCACCUAAAAUCCGACAUCAAGGAAAUCAGGUCUGCUCUCCAGGAAGAGAAGGCAAGCUCGAAAACGGAGCAAGCCGGGAAGACACAAGACCAGGUACUCAAGACUGGUGAUGAACAGACGGAGCAACAAACUGCGGUGCAAGCAUGAAAUUUGCGGCCCCUGAUUCAAACAGAACUUGUGCUGGUGGAUGUUCAACUUACUCCUGUGGACCACCCAGAAAAAGUAGGUAAAUACAUAGUACAUUAGAUCAGGAGGGGUAGAUACAUAUAUGAACUCGCUUGCACAUCUCGCUUGCGUGCCACAUGCCACUAUACCAGCAUCAGCAAACUGAAGUGCAUAGGUUUCAAAACCCUGUAAGAGUGAAACGUCUAAUUGCUUAUUUUGUAACAGUUCUAUAUACCAUGUAUUUUGAAAAGGUACUUGAAUUAGAGAAA